UGCUAGGCUAACUGGUUCAGUUGGUAAUCUGUCAGCCCGGAGCUAAAUGCACACACACUGCUGGGCUCUACACUCUUCCGGAUUACUCUCCUUUGAUGGCUGAAGAAGACCCUCCGAUGUGACUUGGCGCUUGUGAUCGAGGACAGACACACUGCCCAUGCUGCCACAGUAGAUACGCCGUCACUAUGCCACUGAGAGAAGAAUGACAUUUGUCUCAUUUUAAUUCUUGGAGCUGCCUCAGGCAGAGUUGAGGCUUGAUUAAAAAGCGACUGCUCCAAGCCAAGUUGGUCUUUUUCUCAGCCUAUUUCUUUGCGCUGCUGCAGCCUAGAGUGCAAACUGUUAUGGCACCGGAGGCCAACUGAGCAAAAGGGGACUCUGGCUUUAUUGGAGAAUUAAACUUUGCUGUGGGAGUGGGGACUGGACAAGGAGAGCAGGCCCACAGCGACACACAUCAUGCUGCGGGGACACUAGGCUCCCUGUUUGAGCCCCUUGUGUGUGUCGUUUGUUUUUUUUUUCCUUUUUCCUGCAGUCUCAUCGGUUUGGAUGGUUGAACACAAGGGCUACUUUGAAGGAGCCCACCGGUGGCUGUGGUUUGGCCAAAGCUGACAGACUGCUUGCCAGCUAUUGCUGAUUUAGUACCCUUGUCCACUGCUGCCACUGCUGUAGCCCCCUUGGUUGUGGUCUCCAGUAUGGUGAGUGGAGGCUGGAGGCAUCGCCGGAGUGGAAGUGAACCAUUAACACUGGUGUAGCUGGUUACUUCCCAUCAUUUCUUUCCUACACUGUGAAAAAUUAAAUUCCGCUUUUCAAGGACUUCUUUUCUCUGUCCUGGAAAAAACACAGCCAAGGUCAUUUUUUUAAUCUAAACCCCUGGAAAGAAGAUUGCUCCACAGGAGGAUGAAGUUGAGGAAGCAGGUGACAGUGUGUGGAGGGGCCAUAUUCUGUGUGGCUGUGUUCUCACUGUAUCUGAUGUUGGAUCGAGUCCAGCAUGACCCUGCAAGGCGACAGAAUGGCGGGAACUUUCCACGGAGCCAAAUCUCAGUCCUGCAGAACCGGAUAGAGCAGCUGGAGCAGCUCCUGGAGGAAAACCACCAAAUCAUCAGCCACAUAAAGGACUCUGUGAUGGAGCUCACAGACACAGGAGCUGUGUCUCCCAGCGGCCAUCUGCCAUUCAGAAGUGCCAAUGGUUCCUGGGUCCUACCCUUCGACGGCCGUCCCACUUUCCUCGCUGUCAAGCCCCAAGAUUGCCAACCUGCUUUAGGCAGCCACGGUCAAGCAGACGUUCAGAUGCUGGAUGUGUACUCCAUCCUCAAAUUUGACAACCCUGAUGGCGGUGUAUGGAAACAGGGCUUUGAUAUUACAUAUGAGGCUGAUGAGUGGGACAAUGAACCGCUGCAAGUGUUCGUGGUCCCCCACUCUCACAAUGAUCCAGGUUGGAUCAAGACUUUUGACAAGUACUUCACAGACCAGACGCAACAUAUUUUAAACAACAUGGUGGUAAAGCUGGCCGAGGAUCCUCGCAGGAAGUUCAUCUGGUCUGAGAUUUCAUUCUUCUCCAAGUGGUGGGAAACCGCAGACGUACACAAGCAGGAGGCAAUGCGCAAGUUGAUCCUUGGAGGGCAGCUUGAGAUUGUCACAGGAGGCUGGGUUAUGACAGAUGAAGCCAAUGUUCACUACUUUGCCAUGAUAGAUCAGCUCAUCGAAGGACAUCAGUGGCUGGAGAGAAAUCUAGGUAUAACUCCCCGCAGUGGGUGGGCGGUAGACCCUUUCGGUCACAGUGCCACCAUGCCCUACUUGCUGAAGAGGGCUAACCUGACCAGCAUGCUCAUCCAGAGGGUCCACUACUCAAUCAAAAAACACUUUGCCUCCACCCGCAGCCUGGAGUUUAUGUGGAGGCAGGCCUGGGACACGGGAUCGAGCACAGACAUGUUUUGCCACAUGAUGCCAUUCUACAGUUACGACGUGCCACACACGUGUGGGCCCGACCCGAAGAUAUGCUGCCAGUUCGAUUUCAAGAGGUUGCCAGGUGGUCGGAUAAACUGUCCCUGGAAAGUGCCGCCAAAGACUGUGGUGGAAGCCAAUGUAGCAGAGAGGGCACAGCUGCUCCUGGAUCAAUACCGUAAAAAGUCCAAACUGUACCGCAGCAAGGUGCUUCUCGUUCCCCUGGGAGAUGACUUCCGCUACGACAAGGCGCUGGAAUGGGAUCAGCAGUAUAUCAACUAUCAGAAGCUGUUUGACUACAUGAAUUCUCACCCAGAGAUGCACGUACAAGCUCAGUUUGGGACUCUCACAGACUACUUCAAUGCUGUAUACAAAGCGAACGGAGUGGCCCAGGGAUCCAGACCCGCAGACUUCCCAGUGCUUAGUGGAGAUUUCUUUGCCUAUGCGGACCGGGAGGACCACUACUGGACCGGUUAUUUCACCUCUCGGCCAUUUUACAAGAGCCUGGACCGUGUCAUAGAGUCACAUCUCAGGGGGGCAGAGAUCCUCUACAGUCUGGCGGUUGCAAACGCUCGGCACGCGGGCAUGGAAGGGCGCUACCCAGUCUCAGAUUAUGCCCUGCUAGUUGACGCGAGGCGCUCUGUUGGCCUCUUCCAACAUCACGAUGCCAUCACCGGCACUGCGAAGGAGAAUGUUGUCACAGACUACGGCACCAGAUUACUGCGUUCACUCAUCGGCCUGAAAAGAGUAAUCAUCAAUGCUGCUCAUUUCCUGGUGAUGAAAAACAAAGAGUUUUAUCGCUUUUACCAGACGGAGCCCUUCCUGGAGACAGAUGACAGGCGCGCUACUCAAGACUCUCUGCCUCAGCGCACUUUAAUCGAGCUGGACCCAGCAGGGCCGAGAUACCUGGUUCUGUUUAACCCCAUCGAGCAGGAGCGUCUGUGCGUGGUGACCGUGUUGGUCAACACAGUCAGGGUGCGGGUGCUUACUGAGGAUGGACAGACCCUCCCUGUGCAGCUGAGUGCUCAGUGGAGCUCUGCCAGUCAAAUGAGUGCAGAGGUAUUUGAGGCAACGUUCAUGGUCCGUGUGCCGCCGCUGGGCCUGGCUGUGUUCCAUCUCUACGACUCGCCUGACUCGCCCAUGACGCUCCGCUCUGACACCCUGCUGAGGCUGUCAGGUCGGGGCGCAACUGCUCGAGCCGCGGACCCCCUUCCAGUCCGCUCUCAGCAGUCCGACCCUCAGACGUUCUACAUCAGCAGCCAGUCUCUCACCCUGGGCUUCUCUGGGACCACUGGCCUGCUGGAGAGCAUCAAGCGCAAGGAUGAUCCCCAGGAAGUGAAGGUUCAGAUGCAGUUCAUGGUCUACGGCACCCGUCCCUCUAAAGACAAAAGUGGAGCUUACCUCUUCCUGCCUGAUGGAAAAGCAAAGCCCUACAACCAGAAAGAGCCACCUGUGGUGCGAGUUGUGGAGGGGCCUCUCUUCUCGGAAGUGGUGGCACACUACCAGCAUUUUCAGCAGACCAUUCGCAUACACAAUGUGCCAGGAGUGGAUGGGUUGUCUAUAGACAUCACCACCAUGGUGGACAUCAGAGAUCAGACCAAUAAGGAGCUGGCAAUGCGACUGGUCACAGACAUCCAGAGUGGAGACGUCUUUUACACAGAUCUCAAUGGCUUCCAGAUGCAGCCUCGUCGCCACUACCUAAAACUUCCCCUGCAGGCCAACUUUUAUCCCAUGCCCAGCCAGGCGUACAUCCAGGACAGCCAUCACCGCCUCACGCUGCACACAGCUCAGUCCCUGGGUGUCACCAGUCUGGAGAGUGGCCAGCUUGAAGUGAUUAUGGACCGGCGGCUGAUGCAGGAUGAUAACCGUGGGCUGGGUCAGGGCCUAAAAGACAACAAGAAGACGGCCAACCGCUUCAGACUGCUGCUGGAGAGGAGGUCCAUGGGCAACAAGAUGAUGGACAGUGCAACAACCAGCUUCCCAUCCAUACUCAGUCACAUGACCAACUCCUUCCUGAACCACGAAGUCCUGGCGCUGCCCGUCCUGCCCAAAAGACGCGGCAUCCCUCCUCUACAGACCUUCGCCCCUCUAAAGUCCAUCCUCCCCUGCGACUUCCACCUGCUGAACCUGCGCAGCAUCCAAGGCCAGCAGGACCCCAACUCUCCGUCUCCAUACACGGCCUUGCUUCUUCAUCGUCUGGCGCUGGACUGUGGUCUGGAGAGUCAGAACCUGGGUUUCAACUGCACCACCACACAAGGACAGCUGAGCGUAUCAGGACUGUUCAAGAACCUGGACCUGCAGCUGCUCCAGCCCAUGUCCCUGACUCUGAUGCACUCCAGUGCGCCCCUGGCCAACGACUCCACCAUCAGUCUGGAUCCCAUGGAGAUCUCCGCCUUCAAGCUCAAACUGCGCUAAGAGCCGUCCAGACAAAAAGAGGCAAUAAAAAACCCACCAUACUCCAUGGACCAAGAACCAGGCCAACGCCGGCCACAGACUGGCAACAGAGGGGGGUCUGGGUGUCUCUGUUUUGUCAAGCAGAACCACGAACACUACAGCUCGGAGAGGAAGGUACCACUGUAACAGGACUGACUGCACAGCAGGGGGCAGGCGAUAGCUGUUACUGUGGACGUCUCCGAGAGCAGCUAAACCCUGGUGAACUCGCAGCUGUUCCAAACCAAGAAGGACUGCCAGAAUCGCUCAUCAGAUACAACCGGGUGUCUGUUUGUCUCUGUAAUCGAAAAAAUGAAAUCUCAUUUAAUUCUGCUUUGUAAGAACUCAUCGUUUUCUAUCUUUGCUCCAUCCUGGACUGAACUACUGAAUGUAAAUAUCCCAAAUGACGGGAGGAGGGGGGGGUCUGGGACUCGUGCCACAUCAGAGUGCAAUUUACAAAGCUUUAUUUGGUGUAUGGGUUUAUAUUUUUUUUUUUUAUGUAUGCAAUGAAGAAGACACAUCACGACAAUUUGUUUUUGUACUUGUCAAUUUUUUUUUUUUCUUUUCGACAGACUCGAAUGCAGCAAAGAGAAUGUGUGGUCUCUUUCAUCUCAGCUCACGAGGAGACCCAAGCUGCGGCUCUUUAAGCUAUCGUAUGUCUGCGUCCAAGAGUCCCAGUUCGGUCACCGCCGAUAACAAUGUGAUCAUUAAUCAUAUCGGAUGACUGUUUACCUUCUGUUGGCUGGUUUUGCUUGUAGAUAGUCGGAAGACUUUCUUUCCUUCACUUCUUUUUCCCUCCCUGAGCUUCCUCUUUCCUGACGAGAAAACUGGAAAUCUGUGUGUUUCCAAGCCUCUGUCCAUCAUUCCUGUGCUCGUACUUCACUGCUGAGAGGGUGGUUCUGUGUACCAUACUGUAUGCAGUAGAAGACUAGACAAAGACUUUACCUCAUAUAUACCAUACGACAGAUAUAUCAGUAUGUGUGCGUGUGUGUGCGUCUGUAGAGUAUGUUAAUGUGAAUAUUUGAGGGUUUAUUUUUGGGUGUAUUGAGGACACAGUGCACUCUAUCAGGGACCAUUCAUAGUACUGUUAGGCUUCAUUGAUCAGUUUAUCUGUGUCGAGUCAUGGGUCAUAUCAUUGCAGGACAAAGUGAGCUUCCCAUUGAUGAUCAGAAGAGAAAUGAAAGGGUUAGUUCACUCAAAUUACAAAAUCGGGCCAUGCAGAUACAUUUGGUUUUGAGAUAUCUGUCUGGAGCUGCCACUAAUGAUUGUUCAUUAAGUCGAUAAAGUGUCAGAAAAUAGUGAAACGUGCCCACCCCAUGUGUGUUUUUAAUCACUUGUUUUGUACAAACAGCAAAAACCCAGAGGUAUUAAAGAUUUUUCAAUCAUUUUAAAUAGAAAAAAAAAAAGCCAUCGUCAUUUGAGAAGCUGCGAUCUGGGAAUCGUUGGCGUUUUUGUAGUAAAUGAACAGUGAGUGAAAUAAUUCUCCAAAUUGCUGUCAGCUAAUUUUCUUGUGAUUGUUUCAGCACUAAAUCUGUCUCUGACACUUCUGCCACCACACCAAUAAAAUGAAGCAGAAUGGAAUAAUUUUUGUAUAAAAAAAAUAAAUUGGCAACUGGUCCUUCGAGAAAAAGUGUCCCCAUCACUGAGGGAUAAUCCACAGCUUUCACUGUGAGGCAAUUUCACUGGGACUGCUUUCUACUAAGCACCAAUGCCACACUAUGUACUAAUUAUAAGCAGGUUUUGAGUUUGCAGUGUUCACUCUGGAAAAGUGACAGUGUGCAUACUAAAAAAAAUGCUUGACUUUUGGGUGUGUAUGACUAUGCAUUGCCCAAAGGAAAUGGAGAAGCUGCUCACAGCUGCUGAAACUAAGUGUGGAUGGUGGUGGAACAGCUCCAGGAACUCCCCAGAAAACAAAAAUAUGACUCGAAAAAUAUUUUGCUGCCUCGCCAAAAUCUGUGGAUUGAUUGCCUUUGCAGGAUGAAUGCUUGUUUGGAACAGUAAAGUAUGAUUUCUUGUACACUAACUACAAAAAAGUGAAUUACAAAGCUCGUAAAUAGAAUAUCUUAACUCUGUAGUAUGGAUUUGGGACACAGUGUGAAAGGUGGGGCACUCAUUCUGGAGGGACAUGUUGCUGUUAAUUUUAUUUUUAGAUGUAAUUUUCCAUUCACCUCCAUUAGUGGUAGAAAUCUAGAGGGAUUUCUCAAAACCAUGCCACAUCAAACCAAAACUGUCUGCAUGUCAAAAUGCCGCCAAGCAAGACACAAUCUAUUUUUGUAAUUUGUGUGAGCUGACCCUUUAAAAAUAAGUCGUAUCAAACCAUUCGCAGGGAUCCUCAACACCGAAGAAAUAAGUUUCUUCAAAUGAGCUGCAGUUUUUUUUCUUCAGAGUUCAGCUCCACAGUGCUUCUUAUUUGGGGGGGCUGCCUCGAGGCACUCAGCCUGUUUCUGGUGCGUAUCUGCCUCCACAACGGCCGUGGAGGAUGUUGUCAUCUGUGUCCAAAGCUGAGGCCGGACAUCUCACAGCCCACCUGUGUCACACUUUGUACUGCUCCACUAUCCCCCCCCUCCCUCCUCUGCCCCCCCACCCCCCCACCCCACUGUGUCCAACCACUUUAAUCGCUCAUCAUUUUUCAGCUGGAGGUCUGCUGCUUUGUUGCUCUCCUCCUCUGGCCUGAUGUCUGGUCUGCCAUGGCGCAACACAUUCUGCUUUCUCUCUCUCCACUGUGAGCACUGCAGAUUUCCCCUCUCUGCCCCCCUCCCCCGCCUCCAGCUGCUGUUAACAAUUCUGUAAGCCAGACUUCACUGCAUCUUAAAUUGCACUUUCUCCCGUCGUCUAACCUUGUCAUAACCUUUUUCCUCCUGCUGUUUCGGUGUGUGUCUGAGUCUCUGUAUAAAUGUGUUUUUCAGUAUGUGAUAUCUGUUGUAGCGCUGUUUUUGUUUGUCCAGAGGUAAUAUAUGAAGGCAAGGUCUCUUCUGUAUUUGUUUAUUCGUGAUGGGUUUAAGCAGCAGUAGAACAGAGAAGAUGGGGAUUGAAAUAAAGAUCAAAAUAUAAAGAG